AAAGGUUUGUAAAAAAUAUGGUUUCGAAAAUAAUAUUUAGAGUAAUUUUGGAAUCUUGUGAAUGAUGCCGCGCUGUUUUGCGAUAUUGUGUGUGCGUGAAAGGUCGCGUGAUGAAUAGAUAUACUACAGCUGCAGUGUGUCGUCUGCUGCAGUCAUCUGAUUUACUCGCGAUUGGUUAGUUGCAUAUAACGAAAAUUAGGUAGACAGAAGUAAAUCGUAUGCAGUUAAGCACAGAAUUCGUGUCAAAGAACGAUUGACGCAGUGUUAAAAUUGUGGUUUCCGCUCUGAUGUGUUUAAUGCGCCGUGUUUUAAUGACAGGAAGAAAUGACGGAAAUCGUCGUGGAUUGGUACUUGCGGAUGCGAUGUCAGCGGACAAUCACCGUCACCGUACCUUCACGGCGAACGGUAAUCAAGAAGGUAUUACGAUAUGCAACUUGAUAGACGGCGAAACCUUGACUUACAGCUUGGCUCUGAUAAGAGGUCGAGCACCUGCAUUAUGCAAUUAUAUUACCGUUCGCGGUCAUAAGAACGUUACCUCGGAGUGGCCGAUUAUUGCGGGACAAUUCCGCGUAUUGGUGGAUCUGGCACGCGGUCCGAACAGAUUAGAACUUGAGGCAGGCGGACAUAAGAGAAGAGUGAUCCUAGUAUACGAACCGAGAACUACCAGACUACGAGUGACGCCGGUCUAUGUCAUUUGUGCAGGUCACGAUGGCUAUUUUCAGGGUCCACGCAAAGAGGAUCGAUCACCUGAAAGUGCGGCGACUAGAAUAGGACUCGGCGCCAGACUUCUUCAGACUCUGACGGCCGAAAAGCUCCAGGAAGCCGGUUAUGGUAGAAAAACUUUCCAAUUAGAAAGAGAUUUGGAUGGUCCAGAAUGUUUGGUAAUGCAUAGUAUGCUUCACGUGGAUCGAGCACGUUCGAUGAAACAGAGAGAACUUUGGGAAUUAAUCGCGCGCGAGUUAAUGACUGGUCCUUUAGCGUCUAGAGAUCGCAAAUACUUAGCGUUUUUGUCCUGUACGAGAUACCGUGGUGCACCUAGUCCUCGAACGCACGAAGAUACUUUAGCAAGAACACAAGGUCACGCCGCUCUCGGCGGUGGUGGUUUAGCGCUUUUUGGUUCGGCAUGCCUUCACACAUGGCCUACAUGUAUGGCUCAGGUAUUACCGAGAUUUCUGGACACUACUGUCGUUGACACGGAACAACUCAUGGACGAUAGCAAUUAUCGUGGCACGCAUGGUGGCUGUUUGGCAACAACAUUAGGUUCCGUUUUGCAUGAACUUGGUCACACUUUUGAUCUUGGUCACACUCGAGAAGGAAUAAUGGGUCGAGGAUUCGACUAUGUCGAUAGGGUUUUUGUGGGUGCUGCCGGAAUAGAUUUCAAUCGUAAUCCGAUCAGAAGGGAUCCCCAACACACGAUUAUCGCUCUUAGCAGACCACUCAGCGUUACGGUAACCGUGCAAGAGCUUGUGCUCUCAAGUCCACGAAGAGGUAGAUUACUCUCGGAGACAUCUAGACCUUCGCCAUCGCCUAGUACAAGACAAUUGCCUGGAAGGCUUUCGGCACCAGCUAGUCCUGAGCUCAAUAGAUCUCUUUCUAAGAGUCUGAUUGCCUCGGAACCUCUUUCACAACCUGAUCGGACAUUUUGGGGUCCGUCAUGCGCAGCGUUACUCGCUUAUCACCGUUGGUUUAACAGCGAAAUAGACAAUCUUUCCAAUAGGCGUCAUCAUGAAAUAGAGUACGAUGGAAAAAGAAACGUGGUGAGAUCGCGAUAUGGGGUACGAGUUAUAGAACUUAGAGAAACGUCGGGAGGAAUGGUUGUGGGAUCUCGUCAAUUUCCUGGCUCACGUCCACCUUUGGAGACUUUAGUUCCAUCACCUCCGCCCCACUGCCUCACUACUCUUACCCUCGUUGCCGAAGACUCUACCGGGAAUGUGCUCAAACAUCUUCUUCCCACUGCCUUCUAAAGGUUAGCAAAAACAGUGAUGUGAUUUUUCUGCUGGCAAUGGCGAAGAUUAUUAGAAGUCACAAGCAAUAUAAAUU